UUCUCUCGGAUCUUGAUUUCACUCGUUGAUCCCCUAUUCCCCUUCUUCCCCUUCAGGCGGAGGAGGCAUACUGCGGGCGAGAAUGGCGGCGGCAGCACUCUCCAAACCCGAGGAGAAGAUCACCAAGGCGAUCAAGAAACUACUAGAAGCGUUGGGGCCACUUCCCGACAGGAUCUCCGAGCUGCUGGAGCAGCACCGGGGUCGUCGGCGCACCGGUGCCGCCGCCGCCGCCGCCGCCGCGGAUGACCCCCAGCUGCGCAGCCUGGAGUUCAUCCAGGCCGAGCUCAGCGGCAUGGUAGCCUCACUCGGCGAGCUGCAGUCGUCGGAGCUGGGGCCGGACUACGUCGACAACGACGACUUCAAGAAGUGGCUCCGCGCGCUCAGCCUCGUGGCCCCUGAAAUCCGGGAUUACCUCGAGAAAAGCGAGCAAGCUGCACGGCUCGGAUGCCACGCGCAGCUGCACAGGGCCGCCGCGUACUGCUUCCUUCGUGCCGCGGGGCUCCCCUUGCCAUUCCUGCGCGGGGUCAAAGCCAUGGAGGAAACCAUGUCCGAUGUCGCCGAACGACCCUUCAGGUACACGCAUCUUCUGCUGGCCGAUGAUGAUGCUGCUCGUGCUGCCGCCGAGCAAUUGCAUCUGCAUACCGAUGAUGGAAAUCUUGUUGGCAUCGAAGAGGGCCUCAGAAAUAAGGUGAUCAGUAGGUUCAUGGAUGACGGGGAUGGCAACAAGAAUCUUAGUUUAAUUUCCAUCGUUGGACAAGCUGGGGUGGGUAAGACGACGCUUGCCAAGGUGAUUUUUAAGAAACUCCAAGAGAAAGAACACUGCGCAACGACGACGGCCAAGGUCGAGGUUUCACAGAGGCCUCAUACGAAGGAGAUAGUUAUCAGGAGCAUCUUCUCGCAGAUCGGGCUUGGAGGUGAGCAGAACCUCAUCCUGGUGGUUGACGACAUCAAGCGGGACAUAAAAGCAUAUUUGCAAGAUAAGAGGUACCUUAUCGUACUCGAUGGUCUUUGGAAGAAAACAGACUGGGAUGGCAUCAAGGAUGUCUUUCCUCAGAAUAACCUAGGCAGUCGAAUAAUUGUAACUACAAACCUUCAAAGUGUAGCAGAGUACUGUUGCUUAAUUGAUGGUUAUUGCCUUGGUGAAGUUCAUGAGGUUAGCCCCAUGAGUGAGCGAGAUUCAAAAAUUCUCCUCUUCGGCAAAACUUUCGACUCUGAGGUCAGUUGCCCAAAUCAUUUACAGCAAGUUUGUUGUGAAAUAUUGAAGAGAUGUGGCGGCAUUCCAUUGUUUAUAUCUGGUAUGGCUGACUGGCUGAAGGAAGAACAACUAGAUCACGAAGAGUUGAAGCUGUCCCCAAUGCUGAAACAAUUUGAACGAACACUCUCUGCUGCUUAUGAUGGUCUUCCUUACUGGCUGAAGGUGCAGUUGCUGUACAUUAACAUGUUUCCUGAAGGUUACGUGCUUAAGAAAAAAAGUUUCAAUGAUAAGCUGCGUGCUGAGCUGCUGCUGGUCGAAUCGAGCGAAAUUGCCGAGGACUAUUUCUUGGAGCUCAUCGAUAGGAAUAUAAUCACCCAAGUCAAAAACUCUCAAGUGGAGGAGGAGGAGAGCUGCCACUGGCAAGUGAAUUACUUCAUGCUGCAGUUCCUUGCUUCCAAAUCAGCUGAAAAGGGCUUUGUGUAUACUAGCGGAACCAUCACCUUAGUGCCAGGAGCAGCCUCUGAGUCCUCAAGUGGAGGGGGAGGAGGCAAGAAACCACGGCGGCUAUCCCUGCACCAGCCUGAUUCCCAGCUACCAGAGCAUCUAGCAGAAAUGAGUUUAUCCCACACCCGUUCACUUGCUGUAUCCGGUGAAGUAGAUGGGAUUCCUCUUGAUAAGUUCAUCUGUCUGAUGGUGUUGGACCUUGAAGGUUGGCAGCGCUUCAAGGAACAAGACUGGUUGCCGAUAUGUAAAAUGUUUCUGCUUCGGUAUCUUAGCUUGAGGGGUGUUAACACAGGGGCCAGCAAGGUCUCUCCCAAGAUCAAGGAUCUGUGCAAGCUAGAGACAUUGGAUCUAAGUCACACCCAGAUAACUGAGCUUCCAUCGCAAGUGUGCGAGCUUUCCGAGCUGAGGGUGUUUGACCUGAGAGGCACCCCGGUCAAGCGGCUGCCAGACAAAAUCCGGAAGAUGCGGCAGCUACGGCAUCUUCUGCUUGGUGGCAAUGGAGUUGAUCCCCUCGACACGACGGUAACAACAGUGCCAGAGGAAAUUGGGUAUCUUCAUGACCUGGACACGCUUACAAUUGAUUUAAGUGGGUGCUCUGCAAGCCUUCUAGAGGGUCUUGUUGGCAUAUGGAAACUGAAGGUGUUGGCCAUAACUUUAUCUCUUGAGCAGUCUACUGACAGGAAAUUUCAGGAAGCGUUGUGCUCAUCGAUAGGAAAAUGGAAACUUGAGUCUCUGAGCAUUCACUGUGGACUUGGUUGUUCGAUGGAGUUUUUCGGUUCUGAAUCUUCUGGUCAGUUCAGUCUAUCUGAUUCUCUGAAGAAAUUUAAGGUGACAGGUGGGAGAUUUUUAAACCUUCCCACACGGCUCGGUGGGCUCGGCCAUCUUGUUUCCAUCGAGAUCACCGUGUACAAGCUAGUCGAGGGUGAUCUCAGCACCCUCGGGAACUUGGGGAGCUUGGAGGGCCUUGUGCUAGGUCUGUACUUGCUCCCAGAAGAAGAGAUAGUGAUUCAGGGGGGGACUCGUCUUUUCGGUAACCUCAAGAGGCUGUCCGUUGGUUGCCGUGUUCCAUGGAUAAGUUUCAAGCAACGGGCUAUGCCGAGGCUCAGGUAUCUUGAGUUGAACAUUGGAGGAAGCCCGGCGAGUGACAAGAGCAUUCCUUUGGGUAUUGCCAACCUUGAGUCCUUGUCGGAGGUUGUCCUGAAUUACAAGAAAUGCUACGACGACAGCCCCAAUGUCAGGUCGAUAAUUGAGGCGGUGACAAAAGGGGUUAAUGAGCAUCAUAAAAUGAUCAACCUCAUCAUCAACGGACAACUACAGACGGAACAUAACAUUGUAAAGGAGAACCGAUAGCCAGGGAGCAAUCAUCGCCGCAAUGGAUUAUGGAUGUUGCACAAACCCUACAUCUCUCCUUGCGCUAUACUUGUGUUAGCUGUAUCUUCCCUUUGUUAUGUGCCUGAAAAUGCAUCGGUUGCUAUUGCAUGCUAUCAUUCUUCAUGUGUGAUAUAUAUUUCGUACCUAACUCAUACUGUUAAAUGAAUGAAUGUUGUAUAAUUCGUGUGGUCACGACUCGUGCCAUGUUUUUCCACCGCACCACAAACAGCAUGUACAGCUGGUUUUGCUCUAGUACAGAGACAGACGGUCAAUUUCCAACCGUCUUGGAUGGAAGGUGCGGCAAGCAAAAGGGAUCAUCAAGCUUCUGCUGGGGAAUGAACUCCUGGGCUUUGGCUGCCACUGCAGCGCCACAACAUCGAACUGCUGGCGGAGGCGUGCGAGGUCCCCUCAGAUUUGGUGUUAAACCACGCUCCGGUGCAUCGCGGCAUUAGUCUUUGGCUGCGUUCUUGUUUUUUAGGACUGCUCUGCUUACUCAUCUUCCUUGCACCUUGGUGCUCUCUUAGCCCUUGUAAUCCCUCUAUUAGGUCUUGCUCCCUGUUUGUUUUCCUUCUUGUAUUUCCCUUCUUUGGUGGCACCUUCGUUAUUAAUGAUUAGAUCCGUUUCUGUGUUA